AGACAUGCUCUCAGGAGAAUAUUUUGUUUAGAACUCCAAAAAGUAUUUUAUAUGACACAAUGAUGCAAAUUUAGGACUUUCACAAUUGUUUUUUAAAUACUCUAAUUCAAUGAGAAACAUGUAGAAAAGAUACAAUUUUGAAUAACUGUUUUCCAAAAAGUUUCAUCCAAACUGACACACAAAAUAAGAAUUUUUGUAACAAAUUAACAAAAAACGUUUUUCAAGAUGCUCUAAUUUGUUGAGAAAUAGAAAAAAUUAUAUUUUGAAUUUAAAAAUACAAACAAAAUUUUAACCAUCUGACCACAUGAGACGCAAUUAGGGUUUUACCUAAAAUGUAAUUUUGAAAAAUUGUCUCUAAAUGAGAAACAUUUUUGAUGAGAAACAUGCAGGAAAAGAUACAAUUUUGAAAAAAAAAAAUGUACAAACAUUUUCAUAGAUAUUUCAGUAUUUGACCAGAAAUUAUAUGAAAAAUUCAAAAAGUCAAGUUAUUUUCACAAAAAAAGGAAAUGACACGAACAGUUUCAAUUUUAACCAAAAAAAAAAAAACAAAAAACUUUUUAAUGUUUUAUAUAUAAAUGUUUAUUUAUAUAUAACCUUUGUUUAUCUCUCCUUUUAGCUAAGGAAAGAGAAACAUUGGAUUUCAGACCAGUACCUGAAAACCUACUGUUUCUCAGCUCACUACGUUUUCAUGUUGCUGACGGACGGCUACAAGUUUGAUGUGGACUCAUGGAAGAACAUUCACUUUGAAAACCAGGUUAAGAACACCAACAUAGGUUGGAGUUUGGGCUACAUGCUGAGUAUGUCCAACAUGAUCCCGUCUGAAGUGAAGCUCAUUUUGCCGAUGACCAACCCAGUCUUCGCCGGUCUCAUCUUUCUGUUUUCAGCGCUGACCAUCAUCGCUGUCAUCAUAGCGUUCAUCUUUCUCAUACGCAUGUGCUACUAGGACACAGAGGGAGAGACAGAAAUGUUAAGAUACACACUGAGCAGAAAACACCAAGAACUGUUGUAAUCCUAUCAGUAACUGGUCCCCUGUCCCCCACUUCCUACUGUUAAGGGCCUAGUUUAUGUUUACCUCAGGGGAAAUUACACAGAAUGACAGUUUUUCUGAAUUUAUUUCAAACAAUGCUGAUGUUUGGCCACUAUUUUCUAGGAGAAAUCCACAACAUAUUUACUCUAGACUUUUCUAAAUAAUAAUAAGACGUUUAACCCUUGUAAAGUCCUUCGGGUCUAGGUGACCCCUGGGUCACACACACGCAGACACAUGCCUUUGUUUCUGUGUGUGCAUGAGUAUGCGUGCGUGUGC